AUGGCCACUCAUCUCGCCGCCAUCGCUAUUGAUAAAGGCGAACCCUUCAAGCUCCAAGCCCGCUCCACACCGAAACCAGGCCCAGGCGAGCUCCUCAUCGAGGUCAAAUCCGUCGCCCUUAACCCGGCAGACCGCUUGAUGCGUGAUCUUGGCCUCUUCAUACCCACCUACCCCACAGUCAUCGGCUUCGACAUCUCGGGACUAGUCCUUGAAGUCGGCGAGAAUGUUCCCGUCUCUGAGACCGAUGAAUAUACAGGGCUUUGUUUCCGACCGGGCAUCACCCGUGUCGCCGCCUACGCUGCCUCCUUCUGGAGGUCUUGCGAUCCUGACUAUGGUGCCUUUCAGGAGAAGUGCCUCGUCCUCUGGCAGCAUGCCGUGCCUCUUCCUGACGAGGGAAUGACUUGGAAUCAAGCAGCAACUUUGCCCGUCUCUGUUGAGGUACCACUUAACGCAUGGGAUAUCAUGGGGAUUCCACGGUUUGGAGAAGCGACUGCUCCUUCUUCCGUCUCCACUGCCCCCAUGGGCUCCAAUACAAGCGAAGGAACUCAGACCAAGAAACAAAAGAAAGAGGCCCUCUUAAUCUGGGGCGCUUCCUCCAGCGUGGGCACGAUGGGCGUACAAACCGCCCGAUUGCUACGAGAAGAUCGCUAUUCUUCUUUCGCCGCCGUAUACGCCACGGCCGGUGCAGCGAAUCACAAGUACGUAUCCUCGCUAGGCGCGGAUCGUGUGUUCGAUUAUAAAGAUCCGCAGGUUGUGGCUGCAAUUGUCUCAGCAGCCAGAGAAGAUGGCCUAGUUAUUCGACACUGUUUCCUUGCUACAGGUCAAAUAGCGCUGUGUCAAGCCGUACUUAAGGCUUUCCUCGGAGAUAACCAAGGAGAGGAAGGCCGGAAGGCGAAGAUUGCGUCGGCACCGGUUAUUCCGCCAGAUGCAGAGAAUUUGAAUGGGGUGGAAACUAUCUUUGUGAUGCCGUCAGCAAAUGAAGAGGAGAGGUUGGCUCAGUUCCGAUAUUGGAUGGGGACUUGGUUGAGGGAGAACCUGGCCAAAGGAGUUAUCAGGCCGAGUCCAGAGCCGAGGGUCGUGGGAAAGGGUUUGGUGGCUAUUAAUUCUGGGCUGGACUUGCUACUUCAAGGUGUCAGUUGUACGAAAUUGGUUGUAGAGGUUGCGGAGUGA